AUGUUUAGUUACCUUAAACGUUCGCUUGAUGUGAUUAAGGAACAGGGCGCGAGAAUUGCCAGGGCUAAUCCUGCACAUUGGGAUAAAGAAAAAUUAUUGUUGACUUUGAAUUCUCAGGAAGAUCUAAAGGAAUGGGUUCUUGGAUGUGAUAAAGAUAUUGGUGGAUACUCGAACGCAAAUUUGGAAAUUACUCCGGAAGGAGUUGGAAGAUUUUCUGGCAACAUUUCAUUAGAAUUACCAAAGAAUAAUCCAAUUAUAGAAAAAAGUGGUUAUGCCGCUAUCAGAUCGAUGGAUCGUAGGUCACUGUUCGGUCCUGUGACCUGGGAUACAAUGCUGUUCAGAUAUUUAACAAUACGAUUAAGAGGCGAUCAUAGAAAAUAUUUUGUGAACAUACAGACGGACGGACCUAUUCCAACAGAUUUAUAUCAACAUCGUCUAUUUUUGAAAAAACCUGGUGAAUGGGAAACCGUCAUGAUUCCGUUCAAGGAUUUUAUCUUGACAAAUCAAGGCAUCAUACAAGAUCCACAAGUAAUAAUGUAUAGAGAAAAGGUUCGUACUAUUGGAUUCUCAUUAUUGAGCCAGCCCGGAACUUUUUGUCUAGAAAUCGAUUGGAUAAAAAUGAUGAACACCGAACAUACAGCCGGUGAUGAUGACAUAUAG